AUUACGCAGUGUCGCACAUUCAGUCGAUUACCAAUUUGAACUUUGGAACAGUGCACAGUUGGUCAAUCCUUUUGGUGAGUGCUUCUUUCUUCACGCUCGCCUCUAUAUAUGUUUCGAGCCCUGUUCUACUAUUGGUGCAUAGACAGGUUACUAUUCAAUUCAUCCCUCAGUAUUGCGUACUCAAAAGGCCCUUCAGCCCCACACAGUAUCAUUAUCCAAACCUUCAUUUAUUCUGAUGUUCUUGCUGUGCAUCCGCAAUUCCGCAACCCAAAAAUAUAAUCUAGUUCGUCCCUUCAGAUACCUCCAGAUAAUCAAGACUCCCCCCGGCCCGC